AUGUUGUUUAUUUAUCGUAGUUUUUUUUUUUAUUCUUUUUUCCGAGAAGUGUUGGAGAGGCGGAGGCUGGAAUAUAGGGCAGCAGUGUCGGCGGUGGUGGUAGAGGUGGUAUUGGCGAGGGCUGCCCUGGGGUCCGAGAGUCACCCAUCUAGAAGACUCCAAGCAGAUCCGGGUGGACAGGGCAGCAUUCCAAAACUGUCCAUCAUGUGCCUGAGCAGACCCGCGCGGCUUCCCUGUCGGCAGGUGACAAAGUGUUUCAAAGACGGAGUUAAGCGGACAGGUUUACGAGCACCAGGAGGUUUGAAGGUGCUGAAUCACAGGAGACGCGGCUCACCUACUGCCAAAUGUUGAAAGUCAUACUGGCGUCACGCAUUUUCGUCGUAGACCAAGCGACACCACAGCGGUCAAUAUCGAUCCCAGGGGUGAAUGGGGAUAUCCAGGGGGUCGAUAAAUGGCUGGAUGG